AUGGAGCAGGAAGGCGUGGGGUCGUACGCCGGAGCGCCGCUGUCCAAGGUGGCUCAGAAAGUCCUGGCCGCCCUCCGGACUCGGAGCCGAUCGCCCUCCCGACGCAGCCGAAGCUUCUCCGGCGAUCACAGGCAACAGGACUCUGGAAGAGCGAGUCGUCCCGUGCCGGCACUCUCCCGGGAGCGUGCGUCCAGAAGGUCAAGGUUCAAGCCUCAGUGUCUCCGUGGCAACCGGCAAAGGAAGCACGACGUGACUCGACCCUCUGAAAUCGGCCCGACUGCAAAAGGCAGCAGAGGUUUCCGCGAAGCGCUGACGUGUGACCCCAGAGUGAAGGAUUCUGGGAAGAUGACUUCAGAUGAGAAGAGGCAGCUGCUCGAGAAGGCCGGGCGGUUUCAGGCGCUGCUGCUGACCAUGGUGUACCAAGACGGAACCACUCAGCUCCAUGCAGAACAGAAGCUCGCUCCUCCAGUGCACGGCCUCCUCGUGCUGAUGAAGAGCGACCUCACCUGCAGCGGCCUGCCGCGGGACUCGCCGGCUCCAGGCGACUGUCUGGUCUACCUCAGGCUGGAGCGCACACCUGCAUGGGCCCAGCAGCAAACGCUCCGGAGCCAGCAGCUUCACACCAGAGAUCUGCUCCUACAAGUGCUUUCAAGCCCUCAACUGGUGGUUUGCUACAAAGCCAAGGACUUCCUUCGAACAGUUCUGCAGUUUUACACGAAAGACCUGAGCUGGACACAAGUGGCGGGCUGUCACGUCCAGGACCCGCAGGUUUCUGGGUGGCUGCUGGACCCUGCAGAUUCCUCCUCCUGCUUCCAGGACCUGCUGAAUAAACACUGCAGGGAGCCCCACAAAAUCCCCACCGUGGGUCCACAGAAGGUCCGUCGCCAGGUUUCUCAGGUCAUCUCGGGUCUCUACUGCCUCUUCAGGCUCCACAUGAAGCUCUCUUCUCAACUACAGAGCCAGGGCCUGUGGGAGCUCUACUCAGACCUGGAGCUGAAGAUGAUCCCUGUCCUGGCAGCGAUGGAGAGUCACCACAUCCAUGUGGACAAAGACGCACUGAAGAGAACUUCAGACCUGUUGGGGACUAAAAUGAGACAGCUGGAGCAGGAGGCCCAUCGAGAAGCCGGACAGAUAUUCCUGGUGACCAGCAGCUCUCAGCUCCGGGCGGUUUUGUUUGAGAAGCUGCGCCUUCACGAGCGCUGCGAGAACAAGAAGCUGCCCAAGACCAUCAACAAACAGCAGCAGUCAACAUCGGAAGCCGCACUGCUGCAGCUGCAGGAUUUACAUCCUUUGCCCAAGAUCAUUCUGGAGCACAGACAAGUUCAUAAAAUCAAGUCCACGUUUGUCGACGGGAUUCUUUCCUGCAUGACCCACAAGAACUACAUUUCCUCCACGUGGCUCCAGACGAGCGCUGUAACUGGGAGGAUCUCUGCCAAACACCCAAACUUCCAGGCGUUGCCACGGCAGCCGCUUCAGAUCACCAAGAAGCAGCACAUCCAAGGGAAGGAGGAGGAGGUGGUGACUGUUCAUCCUCGGGCCAUGUUCGUCCCUCCUGAGGGCUGGAGCUUCCUGGCUGCAGACUUCUGCCAGGUGGAGCUGCGUCUGUUGGCUCACCUCUCCGCCGACCCUGAGCUGCUCCGCAUUUUCAGCAGCCCACAGGCGGACGUCUUCACCAUGCUGGCCUCUCAGUGGAAGGGCCUGAGCGAGAGCGAGGUGACGAGCGGGGACAGGGAACACGCCAAGCGCAUCGUUUACUCCGUCGUUUAUGGAGCGGGACGUGAGCGUCUGUCGGAGAUCCUGGGGGUGAGCGUGGCGCAGGCCGGCCAGUUCCAGGACAGCUUCCUGCAGACCUACGGAGACGUGCAGGCCUUCAUCCAGAAAACCAUCCAGCAGAGCCACAAACGAGGCUACGUUGUGUCCAUCAUGGGUCGGCGGCGGACGCUCCCUAACAUCACCUCUCCUGUCUGGGGAGCCCGCAUGCAGGCCGAGAGGCAGGCCGUCAACUUUGUGGUUCAAGGCUCUGCUGCUGAUUUCUGUAAGAUGGCCAUGAUCAGAAUCUUCAACCUGAUCUCCUGCUCAGGCUCACUUUCUGUCAGGCUGAUCGCUCAGCUCCACGAUGAGCUCCUGUUCGAGGUGGAAGACUCCCAGCUGGAGCGGUUUGGAGCUCUGGUGAAGAGGACCAUGGAGUCUCUCCAGCACAUAGAUCAUCUCGGCGUUCACCUCAAAGUUCCCCUGAAGGUGGCGGUCUCCAGCGGCAAGUCUUGGGGAUCCAUGUCUAAGUUGAACAUCCUUUCUCCCUGAGUCCUCCUUUCCUUUCCUUUCCUUUCCUUCCUCUUC